UCCUCUAUAAAAGCGCCGUAACGGUUCACAAAUGCUUUAUGAACAUCGUGCUGCUCACUUUUGGGACCUUUGCCUCAACAUGAUUUGUGCGCAGUGGAUUAAAAUACUUGGAAACUACCAACCACAGAGAAAUUGCACAAAUUAACUCGUCAGGCUUCAGAUUAUUCGACUACAGUAAUUUCUAUUUGAAGGCAAAAAGGACUUUUAUUUUAAGAUUUUUUUUCGUAUACCAAUUGUACAUCAUGGCAAAUACUUGCAUACAGUUCACGGGUUUUGUGAUGAGUUUUCUUGGUUGGAUCGGACUAAUCAUCGCCACAGCCACCAAUGACUGGGUCGUCACCUGUAAAUACAACAUGAACACCUGUAAGAAGAUGGAUGAACUGGAAGCCAAGGGUCUGUGGGCAGACUGUGUGAUCUCAACAGCUCUUUAUCACUGCAUCACACUCACUCAGAUUCUCGAUUUACCAGCUUACAUCCAGACGUCUCGUGCUCUAAUGGUCACCGCAUCGAUUGUUGGACUGCCUGCUCUCGCGCUCGUGCUCAUGUCCAUGUCCUGUAUUAACCUCGGCAGUGAACCUGAAAGCGCCAAAAACAAGCGAUCUGUGCUCGGAGGGAUCCUCAUACUGUUAACUGCUAUUUGUGGCGUCGUCUCCACCGUGUGGUUUCCCAUUGGGGCCCAUCAUGAGAGGGGCUUGAUGUCCUUUGGCUUCUCCCUGUAUUCUGGCUGGGUGGGCACUGGACUGUGUCUGUUGGGAGGCUGUAUGAUCACCUGUUGUUCAGCAGACAGCUCCGCUUCAUACACUGAAAACAAUCGAUUCUACUACUCCAAACAGGGCCCCACCCAACCAAGCACUGCCUCCACUAACCAUGCCAAAAGCGCACAUGUGUGAGCUUUGGGAUUACUCCAGAGCAAGUUCAGCCCAUCAGAUUUUUGCUCUUUCUCUCUCUGUUUUAUCUUUCUCUCAACACUUUGUCAUUUCAAGCGUGUUUGUAUCUACAGUGGUGAAACUGUGGAUUGUUAUUUUGCAGAUGAACUUUAAACACUUUCCGCCCUUUGACUUGGCAGCAAGGUUACAUAGAGUAUUAAGGGACAGUCACUGGUGAGAGACCUGCUGUAUUCAGAGGACCAGUAACGAAGGAUUUAUUUUUCACAUGGAUUUUACUGAUUCUGCACAGUACAGUGUGCCUUCUAUAAGUCUUAUUUUUGUAAUAGAAUUUUUUUAAAUCUUGCAAUAUGCAUUUUUAUAUGAAUACUAACAGUAUUUGCCAAUUGUUUUAUUGUGAAUGUUUUGAUUUGUUUCAGUCUUUUUGUACAGCUAAAAACUUGAUUAACUUCAGAACACUGUUUAUGUCAAGCAAACGAAGUUAAGACGUGGAAUGAAUAAUAGCUGCCCAAAUGUAAUUAGAUCAAAAUUGGACCAAAGCAGUAACUGACUCUGUUAUUUAUUGUAAUACUUGUAUGCAGUUUUUAUUAUGUUUGUUGUAAUAAACAAUGUUGUCCAUGAGAAAUUGCCUUCUCUUUAACUAUAGUUCUAGAUUUUUUUGUAUUAUAGACAAUGUCUCAUUUUUUAAAAUAAACCCCUUUGGAAAACA